AUGAGGUUAGUACGCGAUCAGCAGCGAACAGCAGCGAACAGUGCCUGAAGCGUUCAGUAGCCAAGAACAACUGUCAAGAUGGCUGAAGGAAAAUCACGCCGCGUCGCGCAAACUGAAGAUUUAUCAAAUGUGGAGUUUGAAACUAGCGAAGAUGUCGAAGUUAUCCCCACAUUCGAUAAUAUGGGUCUUCGUGAUGAGCUUUUACGAGGAAUUUACGCUUACGGUUUUGAGAAACCGUCAGCGAUUCAGCAACGAUCUAUUAAACCGAUUAUGAAAGGGAGAGAUGUAAUAGCUCAGGCACAAUCUGGUACAGGAAAAACUGCAACAUUUUCUAUAGCUAUACUACAGUCGUUGGAUACACAGGUUCGCGAAACUCAGGUACUAGUACUGUCUCCAACCCGUGAACUUGCGACACAAAUCCAAAAAGUUAUAUUGGCUCUGGGUGACUUUAUGAAUGUUCAAUGCCAUGCUUGCAUUGGUGGUACAAAUCUGGGAGAAGAUAUAAGGAAAUUAGAUUAUGGUCAGCACGUUGUAUCUGGAACUCCUGGAAGAGUAUUUGACAUGAUAAAAAGAAGAGUACUACGAACAAGAGCAAUUAAGAUGUUGGUUCUCGAUGAAUCUGAUGAAAUGCUUAACAAAGGUUUCAAGGAACAAAUUUAUGAUGUAUAUCGUUAUUUACCACCUGCGACUCAAGUUGUUCUUGUGUCUGCUACAUUACCUCAUGAAAUUCUUGAAAUGACGAGUAAAUUCAUGACCGAUCCAAUUCGAAUUCUUGUAAAACGUGAUGAGUUGACACUUGAAGGUAUAAAACAAUUCUUCGUCGCUGUGGAACGUGAGGAAUGGAAAUUCGACACUCUCUGCGACCUUUACGACACACUCACCAUAACCCAGGCAGUUAUUUUCUGCAAUACCAAACGCAAGGUUGACUGGCUCACAGAGAAAAUGAGGGAAGCCAACUUUACCGUGUGUUCUAUGCACGGAGACAUGCCACAGAAAGAAAGAGAUAAUAUCAUGAAAGAAUUCCGCUCUGGUCAAAGCCGAGUACUCAUCACUACAGAUGUCUGGGCAAGAGGAAUUGACGUACAGCAAGUCUCCCUCGUUAUAAACUAUGACUUGCCAAACAAUCGUGAGUUGUACAUUCAUAGAAUAGGUCGCUCUGGUCGUUUUGGACGUAAGGGUGUUUCGAUCAACUUCGUUAAAGUAGACGAUAUCAGAAUUCUACGUGAUAUUGAGCAGUACUAUUCAACUCAAAUCGACGAAAUGCCAAUGAACGUGGCUGAUUUAAUUUAAUUAUAUGAAAUAUAUUUAAAAGAUUUCUAUUUACCACUGACUCGCAGUGCUACUCCUUCUGUGGAAUGACUUUUAAAUCUUGUCGUACCUUGAGAACUUUAUGUUGGCGAUUGCUUCGAAGCUGUAGAAUUUUCUGAUCUCAAAAUCAUACGACACGAUUGAUAAUAGUACUUUCAUCAGGACUAUCAACAAUGUAAUAGUAGCAUGUGAAGAAGGAAUACGUUUGUGUUUCGUAUAUUACGAAUAUAUCUCUUCUGUUUCUAACUUAAUAAACUGGAAGCUAAAGUUA